GAAUCAAAUCCAAAUGUCAAAAAAUUACUAACAAGAUGGUGAACAGUUUUGCUUAUUUUUGAAUUGUAAAAUGUAAAUUGAUUUUAUGCCAUCUCUACGAUUCUUGGGAUAUUAGUCUCUGCAAAUUGAACUUCGUUAAACUAUUAAGUACAAUGGCUACCUUAAUAGACAAAAUAGAGAUGUUAAUCAAAAGGGAAAAAACCACACCGGAGCGAAAAAAAGAGGAAACCACGAAGUCCUCAAGUGAGAUUCUAUCAGAACUUUUUAGUGCCUUCAAUGCUGAUCCACCGAAGAUCGAGGAGAUUUCCUUUAAGAAAUCCAAAAAAAGUAAGAAGAAGCAUAAGAAAGAAAAGAAAAAACGUAGUCGUAGUUCCAGUUCUAGCAGUGACUCUGAUAGUAGUGAUUAUUCUCAUAAACGCAAGAAAAGAAAGAAAAGUAAGUCCAAAAAGCGGAAAGAUGACAAUUCGCCGUCUCGCCACCGGUCUCACACGCCUGUGUUAGUUAAAUUGGAAACUGAAAAGAAAAUAAAGAAAGAAAACAGCCAUGUUAAAAUUGAAUAUCCAGUGAAAGAAGAAUACAAGGUAAAAAAAGAGAAAGAUCAUAGAUUAACUAUAAAGGCGGAGGACAUUAUAGAUUUAAGUGACUCUACUAGUAAUAUUGAUGCAAGCAUGAUACCCAUGCCUGAAUCACCUAAAGAAAAACUCGAUUGUAACGAUUUACGUUUAAAGCUCGAUAAAAAAUUAGAUACAGCAGCAGAAAGUGAUAAGGCAAAGAGUAAAAUUCAAAUUAAGAAUUUAAAGUUUAGUGCAGUGUUUGAAGAAACAGUGAAAAAGGCUGAGGAAGAAGCCAGAAAAAAAGCAGAGAAAGAGGAAGAAGGGGAAUUGACUGAUUCGUCCAGCAGUAGUGAAAAAGAGGAUGAAUCAAACUCACAGUUCCCAAAAUCUUCAGAUCCAGGUGGAAUAUUAAAAAAACAAGCUGCGGAAGAGAUUAAAGUUAUUGCUGAAGAAAAGAGUUCAUCCAACAAACUCAAAAAAUCAGAACACAAAUCCUCACGAAGAGACAGCAGUAGGUCGAGAAAAAGGUCAGGCAGUAAAUCACGACGUUCAAGAUCAGGCUCAACAUCAAAGAGAAGAAGAUCCUCCCAAUCUAAGUCUAGACGUAGAAGCCAUUCACGACACCGCUCCAGAUCUAGACGAAGGACCCCAUCUAGAAUACGGCACAGAUCCCCUCCUAAGUCACUGCAUAGAAGCAGGUUAUCACCAAGACAUAGAGGUCGACGAUCUAGAUCUCCAACUGGUGUGAAACUGGCAGACAGCGAAAAGAAGCGUCUUCUGGAAGUGGCGCGAAGGAAUGCCAUCAACAUGCUCAAGAACGGAGCCGUGCCGGCCGGCGCUGCUGCGCUUCCACCACACACUAGGAACCAAGUUAUGGCUGCUAUUCAGUCCGGGGGUAAAUCAGUGGACGAACUAACGGACUUCUGCAAGCAUUUAUCAAAGAAGGAGGCCCUCGGAGAACUAUCUUCUGUCUCAUCCAAUGACGAGGACAUGAGCGAGAAUGAGGACAUGAUCGCCUUCCAUCACCCUUUCCUGGUCAAGGAGAAGGCGCCUAUCGUUAUGAAUAUUCGGGGUGGAGCUCCCCUGCCAAUAAAGUCAAGUACCCUGCCUGUGGCCAACAAAGAAGAGCUUCGGCUGCAAUUCCCUGUGUCGUCAGGAUCACAACACAGGGACUCAGAAUGGGUGCCCGUCGAGCCUAAGAAGGAUAAUAUGCAAGUGGCAAAGUUGAACACGAAACCGCAGGAGAAAACUAGUUCACCUCCAGCAACAACUAGUAGUUCAGAACCGUUGGCCUUACCAGCACCUCCAGCUCCAGCGUCCAGUACGCCAGCGUAUAUGAAAGCGUUUACUACUGGCUCGACAAGCCAACUUACCUCAGUCCCCGCGUUGCCUGCGCCGGGGCCACAAGCCUAUCCCCCGGGGGUCGAACCACCGAAAAUUGAUCUAGCGUCGAUCGUGUCACAAAAAAUUGCACUAAUUCGCAAGGAACAAGAACAAAAUGAAUUGAGCACUCUGAGAGGUUUCGGGUGGUCAAAGAAUUCAAGCCUGGGCCAGUUCACGGGGUCCACUGGCGCCCAAAUCCUCACUCCUCGGGAGCUGGCGAGUGGAACGCAAGCUUGGGCGAAAAAGCUCAAAGCGGUUGGGAUUCGCGUUACCCUCUCUAUGCGCCGGCGGCUUUGGUCGGAACUCAUAAUACAAUAUCUUAUAAAAGAUAUGGAGUCGCGCGCUACGGUAGACCAACCACGGCCGAACGAUAGGUGCAUAUUAUGUACCCACGUCACAGGUAAGGAUACAGGGAAGGAAUACAAAAUGGAGAAUAUGUGAAAAAAAUUUACUUGUGGAGAAAAAAUUGGUUGAACAAAAAACAUUUUGAUGGUUCCAGGGUCGCGCGCACUAUGGUCAACAGUGAGUGGAGUUUUAUCCACAAGAUUUUGUGGUUCUUAGUAAUAAAUUAAAUAGCGAAUGCACUGACUGUUGACUGGUGGCGUUUGGUUUUAUGAGGUUACAUCGGAACUAAAUUUGCACAAAAAUACAUUUGUGAAAAGAAUACCUAUGAUAUAUUUUAUUCUCUAGUGUACCGUAAAGUAGCAAUAUUUCUACCAAAGAGAAAGGCAUCUCACAAAUCAAACUAUUAUUUUAGAAAUAUAAUAAAAAUUAGGUAAUUUUUCACUUUUUUUUUAUCUGACGAAGAUCUUUACUAUGUGAUGUAGGACGCAGCUUUUUCAGUAAUUAUUAUUGCAUGGAUUAUUUAUUAUUGUUCUGGGUUUUAAUUAAACUAGUACAUAAUUGUAAUAAUAAUCAUGUAUAUUUUAUUAGAAAGGCCGUGAAGGACUUGCAUCCAGGGCUGUAAAUUAAUUUUAAAAAUUAGUAUGUCUGGUAAAAACUGUAGGCAGCAACAAAAAAAUAAAGGGGAUUCGGCACAGAUUGCAAAAAAAUAAGGAAAGUUAAUGACGAAUCUUUGUCUAUGGUUAGAUUGAGAAU